AUGGCCACUUGUAAGUCCGGUGAUGAUCACCGGUCGAGUUCCGACACUUGGUCCUCGGAAGGUUCUGAAUUUGAACUAGCAAGUGAGGACAUAUUAAAUUUUGGACGAUCUAACUUAAAUUCGGCUUUAUUAGAAAAUGUUCUAUUGCGUUUUAAAAGGUUCACACCGGUUCAGAGAAAGGCAAUUCCGGUUAUUUUAUCUGGUCGAGAUGCCUUGAUUAAGUCCCAAACAGGCUCCGGAAAAACACUGGCAGCUUUGAUUCCACUAUUGAAUUUACUGCUGGAAAACAGUAGACCUCCGAGUCCUGCUGAUUUGAAGUUGCUUAUCGUGGUCCCGUCGAACGAUUUAAUACGCCAAGUUCAUUCUUCCCUGAAGACCCUUUUAAAGAAAUGCUCCAACACACUGACCUUCGGAGCAGUGGCGGAGUCAAAGGAUGCCCUGGCGAACGUGGUGGUGACGAAGCCGUCAGUAGCAGUGGAGAUAGUAAAGAGCCAGGAGUUGGAAUACCUGGUCGUGGACGAGGCAGACCUACUUUUCGAGUUCGGAUACAAGAAGGAUAUGUUGAAGCUGAUCGAACUGCUGAGGUCGACCUCUAAGUUCAAGAAGUUCCAAGCAGUGCUGCUGAGCGCAACGUUAGACUAUGAAAUAAAGAAUAUCGCAAACCUACUUUUGUAUAAGCCAGUUUACGUCGACGUGCCGUUCACGCAGAAGCUAGGCACGGUAAACGAGUACUACAUACUGGUCGAGGAAAAAAAUAAGCUGGUGACGCUGUACGUGUUACUUAAGAUGGAAUCGAUACCAUACGGGUCAAUCAUAUUCGUAAACUCAAACAAAAAGGGAUACCACCUCUACUGCUUUCUGAGAAAGCUGUCAUUGGACAUAAACAUAGUGAGCAAGCUUUUGUCUCCAAAACUGAGGCACACGAUACUGCAGAACUUCAACCAGGGACUGAUCGGAUGCUUAAUAGUGAUCGAUGAUGAAACUGACCAGGACAUGAAUUUAAGCAGAGGAGUGGACUUCGUAAACCUAAAGUGCGUAAUUAACUUCGACGAGCCUAAGAGCCUGGAAAUAUAUAAGCACAGAAUAGGACGCACGGGCCGAAACUAUCAAGAAGGCUCGAGUUUAACCUUUUUUACAAAAAGAGACGACGACCUGCUAUUGAAGCUUACCAAAGGUUUUGAAGAAAACAGUGCACACUCUUUGCAAUUAAAUGAACAGGUGGAAGGCCAGGAACACGGUGAUGACGAGGGUGGCCUUAAGAGGUUAACGCUGGAUGAGAGCGUGUUUGAGUCGUUCAAGUACCGAGUAAAUGACAUACUGAAGACGAUAACGCCGAAGCUCGUGGAAACGGCGCAGAUGCAGUCAGUGAGGCACAGCGCCAUUGAGCAGGAGGAGUUCCUGAAAAACGUUAACGAAAACGACGUCCUGCUGCUGAAAUCGGUGCUCAAGAACGACAAUCAGCUGCUGAAGCCGGAGAAGAAGCACCUGACGUACAUUCCGAAGUACCUGGUGGACGAAAACCUACAGAACGUGGUGGAAGACAUCAAGUAUCAGAUUCACCCCUCAGAUAACGCCGCAGAGGAGUCGCGUCUGAGGAAGCUGAGGAAUAAGAGGGCGAGGAGCGAGGCGGCUAAGAGGGGCAGGCACACCAAGAGGCAGCGGAAGAGGAAGUUCUUCAAAAAGAAGCUACCGCACUUCAAGAAGAGGAAGAAGUAG